AAGUGAGACUCAUUAAACAGUAGUUGUCGUCACUUUAGAGAGCUUUGACUCCUGAUUUUCACAAAGUGCAUAAGAAUUUUCUAAAAUAGGGAAAAAUCUAUACAUUUUUGCUUAAGCUACUAAAAAUUACGUAAAACAAGCCACAUCCAGAAGGUGCAUAUGUACAUAUACGUAUUUACGUACAACAUAUUUAGCAGUACGCAUCAUCACAGAAUGAUGCACAUUUUGCAUUCUCUCUCUCUCUCAUUCGUUACACAAUCUAAUUUGUUAAACUAACUUGGAGAACCACGAGUAUCUACACAAAAAGUUGAGUGUUGUACAAAGCUACACACAUUAAAUGAAGCAGAUUACAAUACAGCAGAGAGUGCAAUAUUGCUGCUGCAUUGCGUUGUUGUUCUGAUCAUCCAUUGUUGAUGAUCAAACAUGUUCAGGACAUUACCACGACCACGACUGAGACCAGGGACGGAUACGACCACGACGUUUUAAUACAUCCAGUCUAAUUUUUUGUACUAUCUUCCUCCUCCAUUUUUAACCGUACAUUCAGUAUAAUCAUCGUCGUCAAGUUAGGAACUUACUUAGGUGUGAAAUUAUUAUUAUAAGACCAAGACGAGAUUGAGAAGAAGUAAACAGUUUUCUUAUAUUCGCGUAUGUGCUGGAUUUUCCUCUCGUUUUUUUCCCCCUUCUGUACUACCGACAACCGAUGAUGAUAUUGUAAAUACAGAGUGCAUGGUGGGUCGGCGUUUCGUUUUAUCAAACUUAUUUAUAGCAGAGAUCAUCUCGGUAGUUGGAGGAAGUGAGAGGGUGAAAGGUUAAGUUUUAACUUAUAAAGACGUUACAUAAUAAUACACAUUCUUCAAUUGUGAUUGUGGUGACGAAAUAAAAAAUUAUUGCCUAUUAUUUUAUACCGAAUUUUUUUAAAAUUUUGUAUCAAAAGGAGUUUCUUACAUAAUAUUUCAUUCAUUGAUUCAUGAAUAAUUACGGAGUGCACAAGUGACAUUGCAAUACGGUUACUGCGCCAAAGUUUUACAUAAUAAAUAAUAACAAUAGAUAUAUCGUUAAUCGUUACUCCUUUGUUUUGUCAGUCAUUCAUUCAUGAUGAGACAAGUUCUACUACUAAUACCGUCUCAUCUUCUUGUGGUAGCGUUGUUGUGGUGUGUGGUUAAAAGACCUGGACUUGUGAAUUUUACUAUGUGACGUGAUUUUCAAUCUUGUCAGGAAGUGAUAUUUUUUUAAAAUUCUAACCUCCAUCGGGAUCCGUGUAAUGCGAUGAAAUUCAAACGGAGACAAUUGACUAAUAAUAUUAUGGACCAUGAAACGAUCGGACAGGAAUUGGUGAAAUGUGUUCUUGUCGGAGACACUGCGACCGGAAAGACGAGACUUGUUUGUGCCAGAGCUUUAAAUGCUCGCGUCUCUCUGCGACAACUGCUUCGACAACAUGUUCCCACGGUGUGGGCGAUCGAUCAAUAUCGAAUGUACAAGGAGGUACUGGAACGGUCCAUGACGAUGGUGGAUGGCGUCCAGGUAUCUCUCCGAUUGUGGGACACAUUUGGAGAUCAUGAAAAAGAUCGGCGUUUCGCGUACGGAAGAUCUGACGUAAUCCUCCUCUGUUACUCAAUUGGCAAUAAGAAUUCUCUCCUGCAUUGUAAAACAGUAUGGUUCCCCGAAAUUCGACGAUUCUGUCCAGACACACCGAUUGUGCUCGUUGGUUGUAAGAAUGAUUUGAGAUUUUUGUGCAAGGAUUCCACAUAUCUUGCAUAUUGUCGUGAUCGAAGCCCUUGCGUCCGCCCAACGCGUGAAUGCGAUGUCGUCAUGCCGGAACAGGCGAGAGCGUUGGCGAAAGAGUUUGGAGUUCCGUACUACGAAACGUCCGUUUUCACAUAUUACGGGGUCACACAGGUUUUCGAAAAUGCCAUCAGGUGUGCCUUAAUUUCUCGCCGGAAUCAACGAUUUUGGAUGACCAAUUUGAAACAUGUUCAACAACCCUUGCUACAAGCGCCCUACUGUCCCCCGAAGAAGGACCUCAACGUAAUAGAAGUUUUUCCUGGAACGUUUUCUGGAGAUAUGAAGGAUCUCGUGGCUUCAAAGCAUUACCCCGACUUGGUCUUUGCAAUGGGAACAUCUGAAGUAAGAGCUCAUCGCUUCAUAGUUGCUGCUGUGGCACCCAUUCUUGCAGGGAUUUUAGAACCAGAGGCAGAUUUUUUGGGGAGACGAAACAGUGAAAGUAGUACCACGAGCGAAAGUACCGUUGACGACACGGAAUGUCUCAUCAGAUCGUCGCGAAACCACUACUCGUCCAAAUCGGAAGGACAUAUCAACUCCGUGUUCUCCGACUCGCUGGAAUCCGACUGGAAAUUGAACUUUGAACGGAACAGUUGCAGCCGACUGAUUGAACACUCGUGGACACGGGCGGCGUACGAUGACGUCAAAAUUAUGCAAGUCGUUCUCAAGCUGAAUGACAGAAUUUCUUGUGAUGCUAUUCGUGCUAUUUUGCAUUUCAUUUAUACUGGAGAUUUCACAGUGCAUGUGCCCUGCUCGUAUGAGGCAAUGAAGACUGCGGCUGAAAUUUUUGAAAAUUCGACUCUGAACCAAUAUUUAGAUGCAUGGUUUCAAAGAGAUGUAAAGUCGAUGGAGGAACUACGUAAAACGCACAAACAGAAUCUGAGGGCUGGAAUUUGGACGAAAUGCUUGGCCGGAUACUGCACCGAUGUAGAAUUCCAACUUGAGGAUGGUCAAGUUCCUGCUCACCGAGCAUUACUAAUUUCACGAAGUGAAGUAAUGAGAGCAAUGUUUUCACGGGAUUUUAUGGAACGCCGAAGUCAAAUGGUAUCCAUUCCCGACGUAAAUCAGGAAGUUUUCGUCUAUUUUCUAGAAUUCUUGUACACGGACUCAAUUACCUCUCCAGUGCCUUCAGACGUGGGAAUGCAAGUGUUAGAACUUGCAAACCGACUUUGUCUAACUCGCCUUAUGAAUUUCAUGGAAAAUGCGAUGAUCACGGAUUUCACGGAGAAGCAAAGUCACGGCAUUGAUGUCAUGGAGUGUUGCAUAAGUUUGCUGGAACCUGCUCAGCUGCACAACAUUGAACAAUUGGCUCAAUGGUGUUUAAUCCAACUCGCAACGAAUUACGAUCUCGUGUGUCGCAAGCAUGGAAAGUCAUUUAAGGAAUUAAGCUGUGAAAAUCGUCAAUGGAUCUCACAGUACAGAUGGCCUCCUAUUUGGUACGUCAAGGACUAUGACUACUAUCAGAAAGCAGUGACCGAACGGUACAAAUUAGACCAUCCGGAGAAGAAGAGUCGUAAACGAAAUAAUUCUGGGUGCCUUUGUUUUCCUGGAAAAUCCCGAAAAAACGUAGUCGCAUCCUCGUCCGAUGAACAAAGUGAGGUUCGGAAAAUGCUAGUGUCCGCAGGCAGCUUGUGCUUUUGACUGGGCGACAGAUUUAAUUUGGGCGACAGUUUUAAUUUGUCAUCAUUCUGCUGCAGCAUUCCAAUCAUUCACAACUCUCUGGUCCAAGAAGAAGGAGUUUAAAAAAGAGUAAAACAAUUAAUUAAUUACGUAAAUCUAAAUAGGAUCUGACACUGCUGCGAUUUGUAUUCAGUGCAAGUUAUUAUUUUUUAGCCUUGAUAAAUAUACUUAUCUUGCAGCAAUUUGUAAUUUGUAAUCGUUAACUGUUCCUUUAAUGAUUGCGACUAAAUUUAAAUAUUUAUGGUUAUCUUGCAUCGUUUUUAUUCAAGUACAAUGUAUAAACGAAAGACUGUAUAAAAACUCAAGGGUAUUUUGUACCCACCACGUUUUCUAGUUCUGCUUGUUCUGAUCGCACUCACAAACGUUAUGUUAUUUAAUUGUUGUGUUAAAUACUUAGUUGUCACGGCUUAUGAGUGAUUUUCGUUAAAAUUUGCACAUAUUAAUUCCAUACACUAUGUGACAGUAUAAUUCUACUUGUGACAAAGUUUUCGAACAAAUUUUUGUAAAUGAGCUUACAUGCUUAUUUUUUCAAUCUUUAUGACUUUCAAUUUCAAGACUAAAUUUACAAUUAGUAGACUGUUUUUAGAAUUGUGUUAAAUUUUAUAAUUAAAUGUACCCAAAAUCACACUUUUUUAUACCGUGUGCCAAUCAAUACGAAUCAAAUAAUGAAAUCACUUACUGACCUCCUGCCUGAAAGAAAAUUAAGUAUGCAAACUUGUCAAUUGAUCCGUUGCAAUCAUUAAUUUUUAAUGCACAAGAGAAACAGAAACAGGACAAGUAGCAGAUAGCACAAUUAAGGUUCAUUCAAUAAUGAGAACAGAGUCUAAUAAUUAAUAAUAAUUAAUACUGAGUAAUUAUCACGGUAAAAUUGUAGCAUCUUAAAAAAUAAUAUGUACGUAAUUAAUAUGAUAAGAUGAUCUCUUUGUCUUUCCUUUCUUGGAUCGAAUUUUGUAAAAGAGAGUGUAAUAAUUAUGCAAAUGAUAAGUUGUUGUUAUCAUAUUUAGUACCGAUACGAUAACCACCUUUUACGGGUUAUACGAGUCGUGAACAUCAUGAAUUCGCUCAUUGGAAGUGACUCUUAUUUACUUAUAAAUGUUUCAAAUCUCAUUAAUUUCUUAGUAAAUGCUAAAUAACUAUGAAAUAUAAUAUGUGAUGAUCAAAAAACCAACAAAUGAAAAUAUUCAUGUUCCUAUAUAUUCGAGAAAAAGUGAAAUUUCAAUAUUGAUGAUGAUAAUGGUACGUAUGAAAUGUAUGUUGUCAUUCACGAAUAUCAUCAGAAUUCUUUCUUAUCGAGAUAGAUAAACGAUUGAACAAAUGCCUUGGCUAAAUAAUUAGUGUUACAAAUUGUAAUAAAUCUACAAUAAUAAUUCAAGCCAUGAAAAUUACGAAUUUUCAUUCAAAAAACAUAAAACUGGAGGAGAAAGAAAACAAGUAAAAAAUGUGAUAAUUAUAAUAUAAAAAAAGUUACUUAUUUGUAACCAAAUUUCAAUUGUUAUACUACUGCUUUUGCACGCUGUUGAAUAAAACAAAAUUGAAAAUAAAGUCUAAAACCAGCAA